CUGAAUCAUUGCUAAUCAAAAAAUGUCUUGCAUCUGUUAAUAAUAUCAUCAUUCCAUCAAAAUUUUCGUAGAUUGAGGGGCCUCACAAAACGCGGGGCCGGGUUCCGGCGAACGUGCUGAACCUGCCUUGCGUCGGCCCUGCAUGCAAUAAUAUUAAUUGUGUGGAUAAAUUAUAAGAUAGGGGUAGAGGUUGAAAUAAUUUCACAGACAAUACAUAUUUUUUAUAAUUAAAAAAAACGGUUUUCCUGGUUUUUGGCGCCAACCGUGGAAUCAUAGUAUCAUACGUUGUUUCGUAUAGCUACAGCACUGCGCACUGGGAGCAAAAUCUGGCAUCACUGUUUCUCUCGCAUUCGUGAGAGCAUUCUGUCACAUUCUGUGUGAUUCUGUGUCUGUGGUGACACGUUGACGAAAGACUAUAUAUAUCCAAACCAAACCGAUCGAAUCGAAAGGAGAAGUUUCGCGUUUUCGACUUUAAUCGCGAAUAAUUUCUAUGAUUUUGAUCAGUUUCGAGCAUCGAGAUUGUCUGCGGUGAUCGAUAGUUAUCUUCGGUGAUCGUCAACGCUACGGAACGAAAGGAAGGACGAUGAGGUUAUACUUGAAGGGGACGAUUCGAAGAUUUUCCAGCGGUGCACGGUUCGCGGAGGAUUACGCGAAACACCGCGUCCCGUUGUCGGGGUUGCAGCGCGCGGUUUUAACGGCAGGUGCGGCCGCGAUAUCCUUCGUCAAUCCCUUUCGCGGGGACAUGAUCGCGUGCCUGGGAGAAACAACCGGGACCGAUGCACUCGUCCACUGCCGCCAGCAAUUGUUGGCCACCUCCGAGGGACGUCGUAUCCUCGACGAAAAGCCACGUAUAUCGUCCUCGACGGUCGACCUUUCCGCGCUAAAAGACUUGCCGAAAGGAACCGUCGGCAGGACCUACCGUGAAUUCUUGGACGUCAACAACGUGUCCCCCGAUUCUAGGCCUGCGGUCAGAUUUGUCGAGGACACAGAGUUGGCGUACGUAAUGCAACGAUACCGAGAAACGCACGACAUUUUUCAUGCGAUACUCCUAAUGCCGACCACGAUGCUUGGAGAAGUAUCCGUUAAGUGGAUAGAAGCGUUGCAAUUGCGUUUGCCAAUGUGCAUGAGCGGAGCGAUAUUCGGAGCGUAUCGGUUGCGUCCAAGGCAGAGGAAGAUGUACCUCGAGCACCAUCUUCCGUGGGCCAUUAGGACGGGAAUGGGCGCGAAAUUCCUGUUGGGCGUUUACUACGAGGAACGCUGGGAGCAGCCGCUCGUUGAUUUUCAUCGAGAAAUGAAUAUCGUUCCCUUGGUGCGAGUAAACGAUUGAAACGGAGGGAGAGCCCACUGGGAAUCGGCUACUUGCGUCUCCGUAUAGAAACGAUAACUUCCUAGAUGGUAUAACAAUAUUUAUUCGUCGUAACUUUGGAAAUAUGAAGAAUAUAAUUUUCGAUAGGA